UCUGUUCUUAGCGGAUAGAGGCUUAGUGAGCCCUCAGGUUUGAUUGACCGCAAUGAGAGAGGAACACCCAAACAAAAAUCUUUUUGCUGUGGCAAUUUAAAUGAAAUUUUGAAUUAUUUGAACAUUCCCUCUAAAGCUGGAGAAAUUGUGUUUAAUCCCUUUUGAUAGUUUUUAAAAAAAUAUAUUUUCUUUGACCGUUUUCCUAAGUAUUCUUUAGUUUCGGGUAACUUUUAAGAUUUGCAGGAUCCAGCAGCUAUUGGAAGCCUUUAUUUUCCUCUUUUUCCUCCAUUUUUUUAAAAAUACAUUUUUGACAAUGAAGGACCGACUGGCUCAGCUUAAGGAGACAAGUGAUGCUGGAGGAGAUGACGUUGAGGUACCUGUGGAGAAUGAUGCUUUUAUGGAAGAUUUUUUUGCCCAGAUUGAGGAUAUCCGCACCAGUAUUGAAAAGAUUGACGAGAAUGUAACAGAAAUUAAAAAACUCUACUCCACCAUUUUAUCUGCCCCCACAUCUGACCAGAAAACACAGGAUGAUCUUGAAGCAUUCACCAAUGAGAUUAAGAAGUCUGCCAACAAUGCAAGAAACAAACUUAAGAGCAUUGAACACCAGCUUGAGACAAACAAAGAUGAGAGGGCCUCUGCUGACCUCAGGAUAAAAAAAUCACAGCAUGCUAUCCUGGCGAAGAAAUUUGUCGAGGUCAUGACAAAAUACAAUGAGGCACAAGUUGACUUCAGAGACAAGAGUAAAGGACGAAUUGCCCGACAGCUUGAAAUCACUGGCAAAGCAACAACUGAUGAGGAGCUGGAAGAGAUGCUAGAGGGAGGCAAUGCCGCUGUCUUCACUGCUGGGAUUAUGGAUUCAAAUAUAAACCAGCAGGCCCUGAACGAGAUUGAGGCUCGUCAUAAAGACAUCAUUAGAUUGGAGAGCAGCAUCAAAGAGCUCCAUGAUAUGUUUGUUGAUAUUGCAAUGCUGGUUGAGAACCAGGGUGGCAUGAUUGACAGAAUUGAAAGUAACAUGGACCAAUCUGUGGGAUUUGUAGAAAGAGCAGUGGCUGACACUAAGAAAGCAGCCAAAUUCCAACAGGAAGCACGCAGGAAACAAAUGAUGAUCUUCUGUUGUUGUGUGAUAUUGGCCCUCGUCCUCGGUUCUUUUGUCUACAGUUUUAUCAAAUAAACACCAGUUAUACAAUCAUUGACUAGCUAACUCUAAAGUAAAAAGAGCUUUACAUCUAAAGUAGCAUAGAAAACGUUUCUUCAACUGUAAUUUUCCCUUUUGACAACCCUGCACACUGAAUGCAGAGAUUUGUUUCUACAUGCUGUCACUGUUUGAUUCUAAUUAAUCAAAACAUUUGCAAAGACUGAGAACAAUGUAGUUUUGAAUUGUUGAUAAUAGUUUGUUUUUUGGGGGGCAAUUUUCUAUUAAUAAAGAAUUAUCCUGUCGAAACAAGUUGUUUUUUAAUGUUUUCACUGAAGUUUCAAUGACACAAGUUUUGCUGUGAGGUCAAGCGUCUGGCCUGGAAGAGCAGUCGUCCACAAAGUUGGAUACAAAGAGUGUAUACUUAGUCGCAAAUAUCCUUGAAUCAAUGUUAAAAAAAGAUCAGAGAUGUUGCUUUUUGGUUGAUCAAAUUAACGUCCCCUUUAUGAUGGCAAGUAAAACAUGAAACAUUACCUGUACCACUGAACAAAGAAGUCUUUAACCAUCUAGAUUCCAUAGAUAUUUUAAGCCAGAUUCUAUUUUUAAUUGCUUCAGUGUCCCAAAAACGUAUGUAUACGUCUUUUAUGUUUUUUUUCACAAGAGACAUCUCUAGGUUCUGAUUCAACUUUGCUCCAAAGCACAACUCUCAAAAUCAAUUUUAAAGCAAUAAAAGUGGCCACUGGAGGGCAGUAGCGCAUUUGGUAAGAACUCAUAUCGGACCAUGAAAGGAAAUGCAUGAAGAGAAAUAGUCAGGAAACUCAAAUUGGAAGAAGUAAGAAGCGUGAGAAAAUGUGGAGAACGAUGUAAAAACACAAGGCACAUGCCCCACACAAGUUCCUCGGUGAAUUCUGUUAUGAGGUAGUGGUCACUACAAAAGAAAGAUUUUUUUAAAAAUCUAGAUGAUCUAUGAGGCGGUUAUGAAGGAAAAAUUCACCCCAUCUGCCGAUACAGCUGGGGCCAAAACAGCGUCAUCUCUCAGUUCAAUAGUUUAACCCUUUAACACCGAACGUGUCGGCAGCGACGCGUUUACGCAUAUCGUCUUUGAAGCUUCGUCACGCUGUAAUUACAUCACCCACGUGCUGCUGGUUGGUCUCGUUUGAAAGUGCGGAAGUUGAUGUCCACACCAGUUUUUAUUUGAAGUCAAUCGGCCACGAAAAACAGGAGAUAAUGUCAUUUGAGUUUUAUAGUUUUAUUGCACUCAUAAAUAUGCAUUAAAACGCUGCAUGGACCAUGUAUCCAUCUCCAUAUUUCCAUCAUUUCUUGUCCUUUUUCAAAACCGAACGCAGCACAAAAGACUACUUAUCCCAAGAAUCGUUGUGAUGUCAGGAAGGACGAACCGAAUGUGAUCAUUUUUAAUAAAUUUCCGAGCGAGGCGCCAACUAUUGAGAGGCAGGCAUGCGAAGCAAGCAGCGGCCGUUGUUGUGCCGAAAAAUAGCCGCCCCGCACGAGCGACUUUGAAACGUGCAGAAUGAAUCUAAAACUACAUUUGGCACAAGCUAAUGCAUUAUUUAAUUAACUUAAGGAAGAAGAUGAGUCGUAUUUGUCGUUGUUUUCCUCUGAUGAAUCGACGUCUCGGCGAGUAGAAGUGACAGUAGAGCGCAAA